AUGCUAGAUUCAUUGAUUGAUGAUGCACCACCAGGAACAGUUGGACGCUGUUCUAAAAGUGGUUGGGUAGAUACAAAUUUGUUUAUGGAUUUUAUAAGACACUUUGUAAUACAUGGAAAUUGUAGCACUACAAAUAAGUGUUUGUUAAUUCUUGAUGUAUGGUCAACUUUUGUGCUGUAUUUGGAUGUUCCAAUCAUUCAAAUCGUGAAAAAGGAAAUUUUUUUUCGUUUACCAAAAGUAGUUUGCAAUCAAGGCGAUAAUGGUAAGAUUUUAUCAAAAGAACGUAGAGAAAAAUGGAUAAAUGCCAUAAACAGAGUUGGUAACUAUCCUGAUGUCCUCCACACUCGAAUUUGCAGUGAUCAUUUUAUUACAGGAAAACCUGCUUCUCUUUUCUCACAGAAUGGUCCUGAUUGGGUUCCAUCCUUAAAUAUGGGGCACAAAAAGUUUAAAUUUGAGGUUGAGAAACCUAGAGAAAGAUACUUACGACACAAAAAUUGUUCAUUGUACACGUUGAGAGAGUUAUUGGAUUGUUACAUAACAAAUAUAAAGUUCUGCAAAGUAUUAUGCCAUUAGAUUACUUAUAUACUAAAGAUUCUGGAUUAUGCACAAUA